AUGUCAGAAGAAGUUAAAGUAAACGGUCUUUCUGAACUUUUAGCAAAACUAGAUAGUUUAAAAGAACAAAAUGAUGUGUAUAUUUUAUUCACUGGUUCCAAGGAUUCCUCAGGAAAUAGCUGGUGCUCUGAUUGUAAUGAUGGUAAGAUCUUAUUUAAGGUGGCUCAAUUACCUGAAUAUACAUAUUACCCAUACUCCAUAGCAAUGUAAAUUCUAAGUUUUGAAGGAUUUGUAAGAAAUGUCUGUAGGAAUUGACUCAGUGUUUAACACUCAAACAUUUCUUACAAAUCCUUCAAAACUUAGAAUUUACUCAAUUUUCCUAUGCAAAAUUCCCACUGUGAUCACAGAAACUUUGAUAGUGUAGACCAGGUUUAAGGGAGAGCACUGUUCAGUGGGUUAACUCAUCAGAAUUAUCAAACUGUUUGUAUUUCACAUUUUCAGCUGAUCCAGUGAUCAAGAAAUGUUUGCCAAAUGCACCAGAAGGAUCUGUGUUUAUUUGUUGCAUUGUUGGCGACAGGUCAGUGUAAGUAUGUGUGGUUGUGCAUUGUUAUGUGGUGGUACGCUUGUCACCAUGCAAGAUGAAUGCUUUCAGUUACCAAACUCUGCUUUCAACACCAUGGCAUGUAUAUGCUGAUAACUAAAGCCUUGGUCAAACAAAGAUCCAUGAGAGUUGAUGAGGGUUGAAACUCUCGCUCACAUUCGACUCUCAUCAACUUUGAACUGGCUCAAAAUUUUUUGCUACACACACGGUCAUACUCAGUGAAUUGAGAAAACUGCUUCUAAACUCUCAUCCUCGUUUGCCCAGGUCAUACCUUUUUUGUUCCAGGUGGAAGGAUCCUGAAAAUGAGUUUAGAAAACAUCCACAGUUUAAAUUAACUGGCAUUCCUACGUUGAUCAAGUGGAAAACAGUAAGUACACCAUUUGCACUUCCUCCCAAAAAACUUGCCCCCACCCCUGAAAUUUUGCCCCCCCUCCCAUCCCUCCCCCCACCUCAUUCUUGCCCCUCCCCCCAUUCCUGCACCUCCCUUCCCCCCACCCCCCCUCAUUCUUGCCCCCACCCUGAGAAACUUACCAUAGUAACUACAAUUGUACUACACUACAUGUACAAUGCUUUUUGUCACGACAGGCUAACCGUCUUGGCCCAGAUGACUGCAAGAAACAAGAUUUAGUGGAAAUGAUUUUUGAAGAUUAA